AUCAGGCGCUUCCCACAAGUUCGCCAGUGUUGUAGAAACAGUCUGAACAGUUAGCUGCUUAUGCUAAUAUAGGCACAUAACGGUAGUAAAAUAUAAUAAAAUAAAUGUAACUUGUAUUUAUGAACGGAUACGCCAUCAAUCGCCAAUAGGAAGGUACGGUGCAUGAUUUUUAGCCCCAUGUUUGAUUACAAGCGUGCUAAGAGCCUAGUGAGGAGAAUUGAAAAGAGCCUGACGCCGCGCGCAGCCUUGUCGCUUUAGCUCUAAAUCUUUAAUGUAAUUCACAGCAUCUUUAUUUAGUGAUAUUACUAACGCAAAGAUGACCGAGCGGGAGGAACGGCGCUUCGCUGAGGUGCCGCGGGAAUCAAUUAAACUGAUGGCCGAAAGCACCGGAGUGGAGCUCAGCGAGGAGGUGGCAACUCUGCUGGCGGAGGAUGUGUGCUACCGCCUCAGAGAGGCAACACAGAACAGCUCACAGUUCAUGAGACAUGCAAAGAGAAGGAAGCUGAGCGUGGAAGACUUUAAUAGAGCACUACGGUGGAGCAAUACUGAGACUGUUUGCGGCUAUGGUGCGCAAGACGCCUUACCAUUCCGUCCAUUAAAGGAAGGAGAGCUUUUCUUUGUAGAGGAUCGGGAGAUAAAUCUGGUGGAGUUGGCACUUGCUACUAACAUUCCCAAAGGCUGUGCAGAGACGAUGGUUCGAGUGCAUGUGUCAUAUCUUGAUGGAAAAGGCAAUCUGGAACCUCAAGGGACAGUGCCCACUGCUGUUCAGUCUCUAUCAGAGGAUCUGCUGAAGUAUUACCAACAAAUAACGCGAGCCAUUUUAGGAGAGGACCCACAUCUGAUGAAGGUGGCUUUGCUAGACCUCCAGUCCAAUUCAAAGAUCGCUGCCCUCCUGCCUUACUUCGUUUACGUCAUCAGUGGGGUGAAGUCAGUAAGUCAUGAUCUGGACCAGUUAAACAGACUCCUACACAUGGUGAAGAGUUUGGUGCAGAACCCGUACCUGUACCUGGGCUCAUAUGUGCGUAGUCUUGUGUCCAGUGUCAUGUACUGCAUCCUGGAGCCUCUGGCUGCUUCCAUCAACCCCCUCAAUGACCACUGGACCCUGAGAGACUAUGCAGCCCUUCUGCUCAGCCACAUCUUCUGGACACAUGGUGAUCUUGUGAGUGGGCUGUACCAUCAGAUUCUUCUUUCUCUGCAGAAGGUUCUUUCCGAUCCGGUUAGACCUCUCUGUUCCCACUAUGGAGCAGUAGUGGGUCUGCAUGCUCUCGGCUGGAAGGCUGUUGAACGUGUGCUGUAUCCUCACCUCCCUGCCUAUUGGGCGAAUCUACAAGCUGUGCUAGAUGAUUACUCUGUGUCCAACGCUCAGGUGAAAGCAGAUGGCCACAAAGUCUAUGGAGCCAUUCUGGUGGCGGUAGAGCGUUUGCUGAAGAUGAAGGCACUCAGUCUGACCUUGGCAGCAGAAGGAGGCUGUGCUGGUCUACCAGGCACUGCCACAGGAGCUGUCGGCUUCAGAGAAAACUCACUUGGCCUCAGCCCGCCUCCCGAACCUCUUUCCGAACCCCCUCUUGGCAUUGCAAGCCAUCUCCAAGCAGGUGGAGCUGGCUGUCCAUGGGAGGAGUGGACUCCUGUAUCUCUUCCUGCCAUGUACUGUGAACUCUACUCCUUUUUUGGAGACAGUCUGGCUGUACGCUUCAGCACUGACCCGCCACUAGGUGGUGCCCCACCUUCAGGUUCCCGCCAACCACUAGAGGGCAGGAAAGAGCCAGCGAGUGGUGCCCCCAAUCUUGAGAAUACACGAAAAAUGCCCCAGCUAACUGCCAGUAUGAAUAUUAGCCCAAGACAAGAUGGAAGCCCUUGUAUGGAACCACAACCACCAAGUCUGGCUGCUACUGUCCCAGGGAGAUCUCUUGCCCGCUCUUCAUCCUCAUCUUCCGUCUCACGGUCCAGGUCAUCUUCGUCACGUCCUGGACGUUCAACCAGCCAAUCCCGAGACAUUUUCCCUAAAGCCCGCUUCCCGCUGCCUCAGGUUGGACCUCCUGCUUUCUCUUUCAUCAUUGGCGGGCGGCAGAUGGGGCGACGCUGUCAGGGAAGGCGCUUCCAGACGAGCUUUACUCCAACUCCACCUCUUACUACCCUCCCACCUCGUGCUUACGCCCACAAGCUGCCGGUCAUAGGGAGAGUCAGCAAACCUGUGCGCCGCUGGACAUGUUCCCAUUACUCUCUUCACCUGCCUCUUUAAAAUGCGUGAACCACGUGACCACAGUGGCAUCUCAUCAAAUGGCUGCAUCUUAGUAAUUACAGAUGAACAAUUCUAUAUGCUCUAUGCAAACAAGGCAAGUAUUAUUGUGAGGAAAUAAUUUUGAAUGAACACUCGAGAUUUUUAUGCUAUAACUCUGCUGAUUCUGAUCAGUAGCAUUAACUUUGAGUUCUCUUAUAGUUAUUUCUGUAUGUACCACAGAUAGUAUAAUAGAACCUGACACCAAAUAGAGUUUAUAUUUACUGUACUUACGGCAGGAUGAAGCUGAACAGAUACUGCUAUACAAUUGGCUUGUUUAUUAGAGUAUUUAUAUAUGAGUGAAUGUCCCUUUUUACGUUUAACUUGUUGUGUAAUGAUGUAGGCCUGUAAAAAUAAAUACAUUAUGUA